AUGGCCGAGAACAUCCCCCUGUUGAACGAGUCCAUGAACGGCGCUAGACUAGCGGGCGUCGUCGACUACCUAAGACAUCAAAAAAGAGACGUCUACUAUGGAUUUGUCGGCCCCGCGAGAGAGGAGGGCCAGCCCACGAACAAGGCGAACCAGGCCUACUUCACGCAGCGCGACUGGUUAGGUGGAGAAACUUUACAACGGGGCGCGGAGGUCGCCUUCACCCUAAGCUACAAAGACGGCAAGCCCCAAGCGAAUGAUAUUACGCCCGUCGAGCAGGACCCCGCUCUACUACAAAAGAAGAAGCCGCAGAACAAGAAGCCUCUACAACGCAAGGACACCAAGUCGACGAAGUUGACGCUCGAAACGCUCUCGACGCGCGUGCUGGAGCUCGUCGACGCGGAAGAUGGUGAGUUGUUAUCGGCCAACCUCAACCGGAGAUACAGGCGCAAGUACGGUUGUGACUUAGAUUUCCGAAGCUUGGGCUUCGAGCGGCUUAACCAAUGUUUGAGGGAGGUACCUGGCGUGUCUGUAGGAAUAGGAGCAAGGGCGGUCGUCGACCGGACCGAGGGCGAGAAGAAGCCUACUACUUCCAAAAAAGCUACGGUGACGUGCUGCUACUUUUUGAGAGAUGCCUGCGACAAGGGCGACGCGUGCCGCUACGUUCACCAGAAGCCACUGCCCGCUGGUGAGAAAUGCUCGUGGGGCGCGCGGUGCCGCUUCGGCUGCGCGCCUCAGGUCGAGAAGGAGGCUCCCGCGGUGACGGGUGAUUUGGAUGCGUUAUGUGAUCAAGUGCUCAAGCUGUGCGAUCAGCAUGGGAGCAUCCUACUAGCAAAUCUCCCGAAGACUUAUAGCACGGCCUACAAGACGAAGAUCAACCCUAGGGACUACGGUCAUGAAAAACUAGCUCAUGUCCUACAAGGUUUACAAGGUUUACAUGUCGAGACGGGGCCCCGAGGGUUUGUUGCUAGAGAAGGCGACGACGUCCAGCCGCCGCCCCAGACCUCCACGGAGAAAAAGCCCGUUAGAGUCGUGUCGGAGAAGGCGUCCCCGGAUACGCUCGAGGCGCUUUCGACCGAAAUCCUGCAGGUUAUUGACGCGAACGAGGGCGAGGUCCUAGCUGCCCAUUUACCGAAGCGCUACCAUAGGACCUUCGGCAAGAAAUUGGUCCCGCAGGACUACGGCUGCGAGAAGCUGCUUGAGUUACUCAGAGCGACUCCUAGGGUCGGGUGUGGUUCCGGGCCGCGGGCGACCGUGACGAGAAGCGCGCCGCGCGCGCCGGCGGCCGCGGAGGACGACACCGACUUGGCGAACCCCACGAUCGACACGAUCGAGGUGUGCGAUCUCGGCGCGCACGCGCCGACGUUCACGCCGUCGGCGCAGUAG